UGAAGGAGAGAAGGAAUGAAGCUUAGGCGCUAUGAAAGAGAAAAUCCCAAUUUUAAAUGUGAAUAUGUGCUUUAUACCGUUAUUUCAUAUUUGGAGUAGUUGUUCAAGAGAUCCCCUUCCCCCCCGGCUCUCUCUCUCUCACUCUCUCUCUCUCUCUCUUUUUCUUCUUCUUCUUCUGGUCAACUCUAGUCUUCCUCUCUUUUCAUAUUCACAGCAGAGCAGCCCCUGAAAGAGAGAGAGAUGGGUCUCCUUUCCAACAAGGUAGACAGAAGCCAGAUUAAAGCAGGCGAUCACAUCUAUACAUGGAGAGCCAUUUACAGUUACUCUCACCAUGGCAUAUAUGUUGGAGGAAGCAAAGUGGUUCAUUUUACAAGGGAACAAGAUACGAGUUCAAGUAUGGCAACCUCCCUGGACUCUAGUAUAGGUUCUGUCUGUCAAACUUUUCCUGACUGCGGAUUCAGGCUACCGAACAGUGGGGUUGUCCUCUCUUGCCUGGACUGUUUUCUUGCGAAAGGACACCUGUACUGCUUCGAAUAUGGAGUUACACCUUCAGUUUUUCUUGCCAAGGUCCGGGGUGGGACAUGUACAACGGCGACAUCUGACCUCCCAGAAACAGUUAUCCACAGGGCAAUGCAUCUGCUUCAAAAUGGGUUUGGAAACUAUGAUGUGUUCCAAAACAACUGUGAGGACUUUGCAAUGUAUUGCAAGACUGGACUUCUGAUCCUUGAUACCAAGUCAGCCAUGGGAAGAAGUGGUCAAGCUGCUUCUAUCAUUGGAGCCCCUUUGGCGGCACUUCUUUCAUCUUCUCUGAAAUUGUUAAUGCCUGGACCUGUUGGGGUUGCAACUGCAGCAGCUGGGAUGUAUUGUAUGAGCAGGUAUGCUACUGAUAUAGGAGUUCGAACUGAUGUAAUCAAGGUGGCAGUGGAGGACAUGGCUGUGAACCUCAAUUGGGAAGACCCCUGUAGGUAACUAUCAGGGAUGGAGUCUUCUACCAGCAAUCCUACGGAUUCACAAGAGGACCUUGUCGCUCUGAAAAUAAUAGCAAAUUACUUAAUAAGACCCCUCCCCCAAAAAAUAGGCAUUCAUAUUGAACUGAAGCUCCCUCUUACAAAGAUCAUAUGCUGGGUAUGGUGGGGUUGCCAUUAUAGUCUUUUUUUAACUUUUUAAAAAUCAGAAGUUGUGAAUGAGGAGAAUGUUUCCUCUCAAUAUAAGUAGCAGUUUGGUUA